UGAUGAUGGUGAUGAUGGUGAUGAUGAUGGUGGUGAUGGUGGUGGUGGUGGUGAUGGUGAUGAUUAUAGUGGUGGUGGUGAUGAUGAUGGUGGUGAUGGUGAUGAUGGUGGUGAUGAUAAUGAUGAUGUUAAUAACAAUAGCUGCCACUUAUUAAGUCAUUGCUCUGUGACCAGCCCUGUGCAAAGGGAUUUGCAUGCCUGAUGUUAUUUACACCUCAGAACAGCUCAUGAGGUCAGUGACUUUCCUUUGCAUUUUACAGGUGAGGAAAGUGAAGCUCUGAGUCAUGAAGUCAUUUGCCUUAAGCUUACACAGUUGUAGGUGGCAAGGUUGGCCAAGUACAGUGGCUCAUGCCUGAAUCCCAGCACCCUGGGUGGCAGAGGCGGGAGGAUCACUUAAGUCCACGAGUUUGAGACCAGCCUGGGAAACACAGCAAAACCCCAUCUCUACUAAAAAUACACACACACAAAAAAAAUAGCUAGGCAUGGUGGCAUGCAUCUGCAGUCCCAACUACUCAGGGGGCUGAGGCAGGAGGAUCGCUUGAGCCUAGGAAGUAGAGGCUGCAGUGAGCCCUGAUUAUGCCACUGCACUCCAGCCUGGGCAACAGAGUAAGACUCUGUCUCAUAAAAAAAAGUAAGUGACAGGGUCAGGUCUGCUUGAUUCCUGUGGGCAUGCUUUUUAAAAUUUUUUAAUUUAUUUUUUAUUUUUCCAUAUAUACCAACUUGUCCAGAUAUGUGGGCAUACUUUUCAUUGUUAGGCUUUAAGAUCAACAAAAAAAGAGAAUGAAAAAGGCCAGCGGGUGGCUCACGCCUGUAAUCCCAGCACUUUGGGAGGCCAAGGUGGAUGGAUCACAAGGUCAGGAGUUCAAGACCAGCCUGGCCAAGAUGACGAAACCCCGUCUCUAUUAAAAAUACAAAAAUGAGCCGGGUACGGUGGCAGGCGCCUGUAAUCCCAGCUAUUUGGGAGGCUGAGGCAGGAGAAUUGCUUGAACCUGGGUGGCGGAGGUUGCAGUGAGCCGAGUUCGCGCCACUGCACUCCAGCCUGGGUAACAGAGUGAGACUGUGUCUCAAAAAAAAAAAAAGAGAGAGAGAGAGAGAAUGAAAAAAAAAGGGUGAUAAGGGAUCACAAGGAGGGGAUCAGAUAAAAGAGAAGCUGAGGGAAAGGCUCCAGGGAUAAAGGGAGAUGGGAAGGUUAAAAAGGCCAGAGGUCAGUAAAAUUUCCUUGUUAACAUGCCAUGUAUAUCUAAGCUCAACCCUUUAGGUGUGUGCGGGAGUAGGUGGGGCAGCAAUAACUGGACAUUCUCAGAGUGUUUAGGAAUUGGUCAUGCUGGCCCUGACCCUCCUGCCUGAAAGCCAUUGAAUGCUGUUUCCAUGCACAGAGAUCCUUUGGCAGGAAGAUUGGAGGCAGGUGAGAAAGGAGUGAAUGGGGGCUAGUGUGAAGAAUCCUGACUUGGGAGUCAGGAGCCCUGAAUUCAAAUCCCAAUGCUGUGUCUGACUUGCCCCAUGACCUCCAGGGAGCAGUUGAAUGCCUUCCUCCCUUGGGAGGGGAUCUGCCGCUUGUGAGCUGUGUGACCUUGUGCAGGUUCCUUAACCUCUCUGUUCCUCAGCUUUCUCAUGGGUAAGAUGGAAACGAGAUGUAGAUCUGCAUCACAGAGCAGUUCUGAGGUUUAAAUGAAAUGAUUGUGGAAACUGCCUGGCACAGAGUCAGCACUCUGAAUGAGUUAGCUGUUGUUGUGAAGUCUCACUUUUUUCAUCUGGAGAUGGAGGAGAUUGGACUCCCCAGUGUUUAAGACCCCCUUUGACAAAAUGCGAUGGGUGUUUGUCUAAGAAAAGGAGGAAAAGGGAGAUUGGAAUUCAAGGGUGGGAGAGAGAAAUCGAGAGCGGGGUGGGGAGCUAAGAACUGUGGAACAGGAGUCAGGAGAUGGGAAAAGCAAUGGGAGGGAUGGAGGAGGAGAGAGAGAACGGAAAGAGAACCACGAGAGAGUGGGGAGGAGCUUGGGAGAGCAAGGAGACCCUUUGGAGAAUGGGUGACCCUCUCUCCAAAUUCCCUCUCAUCUGCAUUCCUUUCCAGGAAAGACCACUGGGACAAGAUGAGAUUGAAGAGCUGCGGGAAGCAUUUCUUGAGUUCGAUAAGGACCGAGAUGGGUUCAUCUCUUGUAAGGAUCUGGGGAAUCUCAUGAGGACAAUGGGUUACAUGCCCACGGAGAUGGAACUGAUUGAGCUCGGCCAGCAAAUCCGCAUGAACCUGGGUGGCCGUGUAGACUUUGAUGACUUUGUGGAGCUGAUGACCCCCAAAUUGCUUGCAGAAACAGCUGGGAUGAUUGGUGUCCAGGAGAUGCGGGAUGCCUUCAAGGAGUUUGACACGAAUGGAGAUGGGGAGAUCACCCUGGCGGAGCUACAGCAGGCUAUGCAGAGACUCCUGGGGGAGCGGCUCAGCCCCCGGGAGAUCUCUGAGGUUGUCCGGGAGGCUGAUGUUAAUGGAGAUGGCACCGUUGACUUUGAAGGUGACAUUGACGGCGCAUGGUGGGGAGCGGGGGCAGCCACCGCAGGAAUCCACUUCCAACUCACUGUCAGAUUUUCCACGUUGGCCACUCCUUCUCACUCCUCUCCAAGUUUGAGAAUGGAAGCGGGUGGCAGGUUUUGGAAGCAUUUGUUCCGUCCCUUUCUUCCCAGGCUAUUCAUUUCAAAGAGCUGGGUGUCCCUCACUUCUGGCGGCUCCGAGGAACACCUCAGCCAAGGCCCUUUCCUUCCCAUGCUCAGGACCCCCUUCCGCCUUACCCAUUCCUUCUUAGUUUGCAGGGAACCUUUUAUCCUAGGAAGAACUUGUCCUAUCAGAAAGAGACUGGACUGGCUAGCAGCUGGAGCUCUGGGGUCAGGUUCAGGGGCUUCAAAUUCAGGAUCGUCGCUGACUCAGCAUGUGGCUUAUGCUCCACUCCCUUUUUCUCUUUAAGGGUCAGUUUUCCCAUCUGUAAAAUGAGGUGAAUGAUGACGCCUUUUGGAGAAAACUACAAUAAAUCAUGCGCAAAGCACCACUGUAUUUUUAAAUUAUCCUUCCCAGGCCGGGCGCGGUGGCUCACGCUUGUAAUCCCAGCACUUUGGGAGGCCAAGGCGGGCGGAUCACGAGGUCAGGAGAUCGAGACCACAGUGAAACCCCGUCUCUACUAAAAAUACAAAAAAUUAGCCGGGCGUGGUGGCGGGCGCCUGUAGUCCCAGCUACUCGGAGAGGCUGAGGCAGGAGAAUGGCGUGAACCCGGGAGGCAGAGCUUGCAGUGAGCCGAGAUCGCGCCACUGCACUCCAGCCUGGGUGAGAGAGCGAGACUCCGUCUCAAAAAAAAAAAAAAAAAAAUUCUCCUUCCCUGUCUUUGCUCAAGUUGUCCUUCCGUCUGGAACACCCUUUCCCCUCUCCCCUGGCUAACUCCUAGUUAUGUUCCUGGAAGGUGCCUCUCACCUCUCUUACUGGGCUCAGUGUCCCUCUUCUGGCUCCCCAGUAAUACCCCAUGCUUGCUUCUGCAGUAAUACGGAUUCGUGGCAUCUCCAGAGUUUAUUGCCUAUUUCCUUCUGAGACCGUGGACCAAUUGCUUCGUCAUCACUAUAUCCCCAAAUCCUAGCACAGAACCCAGCAUGAGUAUAUUGGAUCACCGAAUAAGUGAAAAGGAUUGGGGUUCUACAUGGAUGAGAGGUGGGGUUCUUUUUUAUGUGAGGCAUAGAAAGGACAUGUCGGCUGGACACAGUGGCUCACGCCUGUAAUCCCAACACUUUGGGAGGCCGAGGCGAGUGGAUCACCUGAGGUUAGUAGUUCGAGACCAGCCUGGUCCAACAUGGCGAAAUCCUGUCUCUACUACAAAUACAAAAAAAUUAGCCGGAUGUGAUGGCAGGUGCCAGUAAUCCCAGCUACUCGGGAGGCUGAGGCAGGAGAAUUGCUAGAACGCUGGGGGCAGAGGUUGCAGUGAGCCAAGAUCACACCAUUGCACGCCAGAGCAAGACUCCAUCAAAAAAAAAAAAAAAAGGUGGCAUGUCAAGUUCUAAUUGUGACAUUCUUUGGUUCAAAGAUCUCAGCACCUAUCUGCUGCCUAUGGACAAAAGUCCAAAAUUCUGGCCGGGCUCAGUGGCUCAUGCCUGUAGUCUCAGCACUUUGAGAGGCCGAGGUUGGCGGAUCACCUGAGGUCAGCAGUUCGAGACCAGCCUGGUCCAACCUGGUGAACCCCGUCUCUAUCAAAAAUACAAAAAUUAGCUAGGAAUGACAGUGCACGCCUGUAAUCCCAGGCUACUUGGGGGGCUGAGCAGGAGAAUUGCUUGAACCCAGGAGGUGGAGGUUGCAGUGAGUCACCACUACACUCCAGCGUGGGUGACAGAGUGAGACUCUAUCUCAAAGAAAAAAAAAAAAAAAAAAGGCUAGGCGCGUGGCUCACGCCUGUAAUCCUAGCACUGUGUGAAGCUAAGGCGGGCAGAUUGCCUGAGCUCAGGAGUUCAAGACCAGACUGGGCAACACCAUGAAACCCGUCUCCACUGAAAUAGAAAAAGUUAACCAGGGGUGGCAGCGUGCGCCCGUAGUCCCAGCUACUUGGGAGGCUGAGGCAGGAGAAUUGCUUGAACUUGGGAGGUGGAGGUUGCUGUGAAAUCACCCCACUGCACUCCAGCCUGGGUGACAGAACCAGACUCUGUCUCCAGAAAAAAAAAAAAAAAAUUCUUUGUCUGAUACCCAAGUCUAUCCACCAUCUGGCCUCACCCACCCACCCAGCCUGUAUCUCUGUAGCCAUUCUCUGAACUUUUAAGUUCUGGCACAAACUCGGUGCCUGCUUUAUGUUCUCCAACCUCCAUUCCUUGGCACCAGAUGCUCUAUCCACUUACUACAUCUUUCAGUCUCAUCCAUCCCUCGGGAACUCACAUCAAGGCAACCUUUGUCAGGAAGCUUCUCCGCAUCCUGCCCUCAUGUCUUCCUCCCAGCUGUGAAGUCUUACAGAAGUUUUUCUGUUCCUCUCCAUGGAAGUUAUCACAGCAGACCUUGCUGUGUUGAGUAGUAUUAACUUCCAAGGCCUCCAUCCUAGAUAGAGAGGAGGGAGGGCCCUUCUCUAAACCAUAUGUGCUCUAUGUCCCAGUAUGGAAACAUAGUAGAGGCUGAUUGGACACCUGCUGGAUCUAGCCAGGAUUAGGUGCGUAGUGGACAUGAAGGGACAUCUGAAGAAGGGGGGGUGGGGGUGGGAGAUGAUCCUCCGGCCAACCAAAGGCAAGGGAAGGUCAGGGCGACCUCAAGACCCGGGUAAGCAGCAAGGUCAUCUUGAGCCACAGCAAAGUCAGGUGCAACCUGCAUUCUUUCCAGGGUUCACCAUUCAGUGUCCAUGUGACCUCAGGCACGUUGGUGACCCCCACUGGCCUAAGUUUCCUUAUCUGUAAAAUGACACUUAUUCCUCCAGGGUGGUUGAGAAGAUGAAAUCAGAUACCGACAAUCAUGAAUUUUUUGGGUUUUGUUUUUGUUUCUGUUUUUGAGAUGGAGUCUCGCUCUGUCGCCCAGGCUGGAGUGCAGUGGCGCAACCUCAGCUCACUGCAACCUCCACCUCCUGGGUUCAAGCGAUUCUCCUGCCUCAGCCUCUGCAGUAGCUGGGAUUACAGGCGCCUGCCACCAUGCCUAGCUAAUUUUUGUAUUUUUAGUAGAGAUGGGGUUUCACCAUAUUGGCCAGGCCAGUCUCUAACUCUUGACCUCAAGUGAUCCGCCCUCCCUGAUGUCCCAAAGUGCUGGGAUUACAGUCAUGAGCCACCGCGCCCAGCCAACAAUAGCUGUUUAUGGGAUACUUAAUCUGUUUUAUGAGCAUUAUGCCAUUAACCAUAUAAGGAAAUAGCAAUACUAGGAUUCCCAUUUUUUAAAUUUAAUGUUUUAUUUACGUGCAAGAUUAUUUUCAUAACAGAAAUGAAUUGCAACGUAUUGAAAUUAGUCAUUCAGAAGUAGGAUCAUAAUAAUAACCACAGUAGUUUACAUGGGGUGACUGUGAUGGCAGGCAUGGUUCUGAGCAAAUUUUAUUUACCUAUUUUAAUUUUUUUAUUUUUUUGUAGAGUUGGGGGUCUCACUAUGUUGCCCAGGCUGGUCUUGAACUCCUGGGCCCAAGCGAUCUGCCCACCUCAGCCUCCCAAAGUUCUGGGAUUACAGGCGUGAGCCACUGAGCCCAGCCUCUAAGCCAAUUUUAUCUCAACCUCAUGAGGUAGAUCUAUUAAACAUACCAACUUGACAGAUGAGAAACUGAGGCACAGGGUUAAGUAACUUGCCAAAGAGAUCUGAUUCCCAUUUCAUAGAUGGAGAAAUGGAAGCAUAGAGGGAUUAAUUAAUUUCCUGGGGAUCACCAGCAGUGCCUGCCACAUAGGAAGGGCUCAAAAAAUAAUGUUGGAGGCUUUUACAACAAGACGCCUUACUGGGGAUUUUUUGUUUUUUCUUUGCAGAGUUUGUGAAGAUGAUGUCUCGCUGAGGAGGUCCUGGAAGCCCCAGACCCUCUCCACCUGGUCAACAUGGAGCAAGCGCUUGUGGAGAACCAAAGCCCCAAAGCCCCAGAUCCCCUUAAAGCAGAGAGGGAGGGCAGGCGGGAGGGAGGGGAUUGGCAUGCAGCGCUACGCAUGGGGUGAGACCCAGAGCGGUAGCUUUGCCAGGAUGGGGGCGUCCGCAGAACUAGAUUAAGAAGAAAGAGUCUAUUGAUGGAAAUAGGAAGGGUGGGAGGGUCCAGUUGCCACCCCCAAAACUUCCAAUGAUUCUUGACGUCUUUUCGCUUCAUGUAGUCCUAAGUCCCUGUGUCCUGCCUGAGUCUCUUCCCCAGCUUCCCCUUGGGUGAAAAUAGUCUCUUCUCCUGUUGGGUAUCAAAAGGUUCAGCAAGUAGUCUCUACUCUUCCCCUGCCUGCAUUAACUGUUGCAAAUCCCCUGUUUCUCUCUCCCGGUAAGAGAGAGGCAAAUUAUACUUUAUUCAGGUGAUGGUUACACAAACAGCCCAGACUUCACCACUACGCAAUAUAUCCAUGUAACAAAACCGCAGUUGUACUCCCUAAAUCUAUAGAAAUACAAAAUGAUAUAAAAAGGAUGCAAAUCAAUCACAGAGCUGGAAACAGAGUUGUUGUUGAGGCUGGGCUUGGGAAUGGCUCGUGCAAGUGGCAUUCAAAGUCAACUCCUUCCUUUUCCUGAUUUCCUGGAAGCACUGUCUGGUUUCUCUCUCUCUCUCUCCCUCUCUCUCUCUCUCUCUCUCCUCCCACAUCCCUUUCUUUGUGUAAGAUACUCAGGGGACUGAAUUAAACCACAAAUCUGGAUUAUCAAGGUUUAGAGCAAGCUGAUCCCUGGGGAAUUAAUCCCCUGAAAAAAUGUCAUCAUGCAAAGAGAGAGAUGACAGGAUCCCCCAAAUCCCCAGUUCAGCCAGGUUGUUGCAAAGUCUUUCCUAGAAGCCUCCUACCUCCACGCUGGUCUGUCCUGGGCCACCCAGAGGCUGUGUCUCUGUUAGAUGGGAAGUCUGUUCCGUCCCUCACGUCCUGAUAUCAAUCUGUGCCAUGAAACAGAAAAGAGAGAUUCCUCCUGACCUCCGCCCAAAGCAAGACAUUCCAGCAAUGCAAAGGUUAAAAUAAAGUCAAAAUAAAGAAUUAGCUUCAUGC